AAUCAUCUAGAAAUGUAGUUAUUUUUCAACAAUUGAAGUGCUAUAGACAUUAUAUGGAACACACUAAGAAAGAUGUGUAAAAAAGCUCAACAAACCUCAUUUCCCAAGAAGUGAGACUUUUUAAGCUGGUGUUCUUCCCAAAAACCAGCUAAAAUCUCUCACCAUUUAGAAAACAUUUGUCUUGCUAUAUGCAAAUCACUAUCAGCUGGUUCAAUAUUAACUGUCUAUAUAAAAAAAAUGGAAUUACAAAGUGGUGGUAGAGUUACGUUUUUACAAGUCUCUUUGCUUUUACUGACUGAUUCCAGUCAGUAAAAGCAAAGAGACUUGUUCAAAGAGACAUAUUCAUGUGGUUAUAGCUGCAUUUCUAAACUUCUGAAUGUCUGUCAGUUGCAACAGGGCUCACUGAACAUCAUUUCACCACAAACCAGCCACAGCCAGAUUAUUUUGAAGAGUCAAAAUAAUUAACCGGAGUUGUUCAAGAGCCAAGCGGCUCUUGUAGAUGGCUUCAGAAAGACCUGGAAAUGGCAUGUGCCAUUUUUCCUAUAUAAACGAAUAAUGCACUGAUCUGCAAUGGCCUUGAUGCAGACUCCCUCCACAACCCUCCACUGCUGAAGCUUGUUUAAAGUUUCCCUCAAGUCCUGUAGGUGGCGGCAAUGGACCUCACAGCUUCCUUACGCCAUGAAAUAAAAAAGAGGAAGAAGGCUCUGGUUUUAGAAGAUGUAAAGCUUCGUGCUGUGUCUCCUGGAAGUGCUACGGCUCAUUAAUUUCAACCUUACUGGAGUUGCGGCGUUCUUUGAAGACUCAUUUGCCGCUGAAAAACAUCUGGAACUGUUCUCUAUCCUCUGCACUCAAAGCUACGACCAAAGAUGAAAAAGUUUUCCUUGGGAGAUAAAGUAAAUAACUGGGUGGAUCCGUCCUUCUCUGAUACAUCUGCCAAGAGCGAGGACAAACAAAUUUGGGGCUUUCAAUCUGAAGAGAGGAGAUCUAGAAAAUGGAAAGAAGACCAAAAUGGUUCUCUUUGGAUGAUGAAAUCAAAUGAAAGAGGUCCAGAUGAACCAUGGGUUGACAAGUAUUCACCUUGUUCACAGGGUGAACUUGCUGUCCACAAAAAGAAGACUGAGGAAGUUGAGAAAUGGAUGAGAACCCACACAAAAGCAACCAAGGGUGGUAUUUUGAUACUGACAGGACCAUCGGGCUCUGGAAAAACUGCGACGGUUCAAGUUCUGUCUACAAAGUUAGGUGUCAGAGUUCAGGAAUGGACUAACCCUGCAAGUGCAGAACCGUACUUGAGCAGUUUGUCUGAAUGGAGAUCACAAGGCUUGUCUUGCAGCUCUCAGUUGGCACAAUUUCAGGAGUUUCUUCUGAGAGUUAACAAGUACAAAUGCCUGAAAAUGAAAGGUGAAAGAGGUGCUGCAGAGAAAAAGCUCAUCCUGGUGGAGGAUUUUCCAAACCAGUUCUACAGACAGCCUUGCAGCUUUCAUGACACCUUGAGAGUCUUUGUAAGGAAUAGUCAGUGUCCGCUGGUAUUUAUAGUGUCUGGCUCUCGAAGUGGAGAAGGCAGCUUAUGGUCUCUUUUCCCCAAAGAGAUUCAGGAGGAGCUGCACAUGAGCUGCAUCAGUUUUAAUCCUGUUCCUGCAACAACAAUGAUGAAGAUUCUGAAAAACAUUGUAUACAUGGAGGCAGAGAAGCAGAGUCAUAAGAGUUUGUAUGUUCCUGAGAAGGCAGAACUGGAAAUGCUUUGUUCAGGAUCUUCUGGAGACAUACGAAGUGCUAUUAAUAGCCUGCAGUUUUGCUGUCUCCUGGAAAAAGGAUUGUGUACAUUGAAGAAACCACCUGCAAUGUCACUGAAAAGAGCUGCUGCUCUAUCAAAACAGAAGGGGAAACGAGCAAAGUCAGCUAAGGAGCAAGAAGAGCAUCAGGCUAUUGGUGGGAAAGAUGUUUCUUUCUUCUUGUUUAGGGCACUGGGAAAGAUUCUACACUGCAAACGUGGAAAUGGUGACUGUCCAAAUGAAUCUAAAGGUGCCUCUGGACUUGUUCUGCCAUUUCACCUUUUGCAACAUCAUAGAGAAGUAUUGCUCGUGCAGCCCGAAUUUGUUGUUGAGCGUUCAGAAACUUCUGGAGAGUUUUUCACCCUAUGCCUCCAUCAGAAUUAUCUGGACUUCUUCUCUGACAUAGAAGAUGUGGACAGAGCUAGCGAGUACCUGUCUGAUGCAGAUCUUCUCACAGGAAAUUGGAUGAUUCGUCACAUAAUAGGGGACUAUGGAUCUUCAGUGGCAACCAGAGGGUUGAUCCACUCAAACUCUUGUCAACUUCCUGUUGGCUUCAGACCGCUGCACAAACCCAGUUGGUGUCUAGUCAACAAAAAGGAGAGAACUAGUGGCCCCUGAAUGCCUGUCAGCCUUGGCCCCUGGAAUUGGCUAAAGGAGGUUCAUGUUGACUCCUUCGACUUACAGCCAUAAGACCAAAUGACCAACGUCAGCAUGGUGAGCUGCCCGGUGUGCCAGCUCCCACCACACAGGAGCUAUUGGAAACACAAGUCAGCAGAGGCCUGGGUAAGAAGUAAAUGUUUGGAUCAAACCAUCACUGCUACAUGUUACCUUCCCAAUGAAAACUGGGAAAUUAAUUGUAAUUAAAAAAGGUAGGCCUCAUUGGGCAAGACAGAAUUAUAUUUUUCAUUAUAAAUAUUUUUAACAUACAUGUUUUCUUCCUCUUUGGGAUAUAUUAAUUUGUGAAUCAAAAUGUCUGGCACAUCUAAUUAUUUAUGCUCUUUCAGCAGGUCAUUGCAGCAGACACAGAGGCACAUGAAGGAAUCAUCUGUCAUAACUCAAAAUGUUCACAUAUUUAUAUCUGUAGAAUUACUUUGCUACAUAAGAUGAUUUAUUUUACACAUAUGGAAAAUAAAUUUUUUAAAGAUGUUAAUCCAUGGCUGAGUGAGAUUCCUUGACUAAUAAUAUCCUUGUAUGACUAAUAUAGACCCAGAGAUUUUCAUCAAGUUAAUAUUUAUUAUUAUAACGGGUACUUCAGAAAUGUGUGUGGAAAAGUUGUCCUUUUGUUCUCAAAAAUGGGUAUUUGAGAAAAAAAGUUUAAACCCUUUCUUGGGAAGUAUUUAUAACAAAUGAAUUAAGAAUGCUUUGAAUAAGUACAAUAUUUAUAUG